GACUCGUCUCUCCCGAUAAAACCCACUCCGACCACGGCCACUUGUUCAGUUCGUGCCUGGAGUUGAGAUUGUGAGGAUAGCGAUAUUUCAGUCAGAGAGAUAAAGGUGACGCAACAACGUGGCGCAUUGAUAUAUAAAUAUAGUUGACUUGUACCAAUGCAUAACCCAGGCAAAGAGAUACAACUCCAUUUUAAGUUGAAUAGCAAAAUAUCGCGACUUUUGGCACUAAUGGCGAUCCCAUUUUAUAACGAGGAGGAAGAAGAGGACCAAGUUUUGGGGGAAGAUGGGGAAGUCCAAGAUGGAGAAAGUUGUGAAAGUGGGACGACAAGUUUUUUGGGACAGUUGGCCAAAGAGCUGGUCGGAGUUUACUGCGGGACAAGUGGGAGCAGUAGGACGAGAGCUACCAGGAGAAGGAGAAAUGGAGGUAACAAGACAACCUCCACCUCACAGCAAUCCCAACCACUUCCCGACCUCGUCUGCUGCCACGUUCAAGCUGCACAACGAGUCCAACGGGUCGUCGCCCAACCUGAAAAUCAUGAGCUUCUUAACGCCCCCGCCCAAGCCCCACGACGACAAGGGCGACAACGCCAUCCGCGGUCACCACCACUCCCACAAUUGCCGUCGCUCCUCCCCCCGGCCGACAUUGACUCUGAUCCCUCCGGACUUUCACUCGAUGUCAAAAUGGGCAUCGACGUUGCCUACAGACGCAUCGGACAAGAUCUGAGGGAGAUUGCGGACCAAUUCGAGAAUGACAGAUCACAAGAUUCGACCCGUCCUCGUCGCACCCGUCAUGCCGCCGGAGGAGGAAGCCGACAGCCACCCCUCCUCUCGACCCCACAAAUCAACAUAAAACUGGAAUUUGCAUUAAAAAUCACCAUUCCCUUGACCCUCUUGGGACUCAGUUUGGCCUUCGUGAAGCGAAAUUGCCCUUAAUGCAUCAUUUUCAUUUGUUAAUAUUUCAAAUUUAAAUAUUUAUUCAGUUUAUACGAUCGACCUUUUCCUAGUGGUUUUUGUUGCAUGUGAUGUCAAUACUAGUUUUAGUUUUAUUUGUGCCAUUCGCUUGUUUAUGUUAGUUCAAUUUGCAAAGUCAGUUAUUAUAUUUAUGCAUAUUUCAAAAACAAAAUGUUUUUAUUAAACAAAAACGUUCAUCAAAGCUCAACGUGAUUUGAAACGAGAUCUCAAAUUUCCCUUUCACCAGUGUAAUUUUGAAAUAAUUACAUUUCUCAAAAUUUUCUCUUGCCUCGAUCAAAAACUUGCAGAACAUCUAUUUAAACAUAUAUUUAUAAAGCUAGCAAUACUUGAUACAAUCAAAUCUGUAAAAAUUUGUACAUUAUAAUAAUUUUGAUAACACUUUGAUUAGUGAUUAUUGAUAUCCAACAUGUCUUUCAAGAAUUGUAUAU